UCUAAGUAUUUGACAAAAAUGGCAUUAAAUUAAUGUUUUGUUUUGUUUUGAUUUUUUGAGUCAACUAUUUGUUUGACUGUUUAGUUAAGUAAACAAUAAAACCAAUGAGUGGUCACUUAAUGGUCACUUAAUGGUCACAUCGGGUGACAACUCAUGAGACAUAUGACUACUACUACUGGACUCAUACGUGAAUAGCGUUGACAGACAAGACUUUUUGACGACAGGACAGGUGUUGGCAAUUGAUUGCCGAAAAACUGUGAGAAAAAUAUCUGAGAAAAUACCGGCAUUUGUUGGCAUCGGAUGAAUGGUUAACGAUAUUUGAUGUAAUGGUUGAAAAACAAUGAUCCACAACAACGAAGUGAUAUCCAUUGAAGAGGAUCUCCUCAACUGUCGACAAAUGAUCCGUCGCUUUACAUUCAAUAACCGAAACAAUCGGUUGAGGAUCGGUGUCCUCACAAUCGGCGCCACUCUUGUCUCGUGUGAAUUAGACUCACACGAGAUUGUUGUCAAUAAUGUCCAACAAAACAGUGCAAAUCAUUAUAGCAUUGGUCACGAGUCGAUACCGUUUUCGCGGACCAAUUGGAUCAGUCAUGUCAGAGGAACUGACACAUUGUCUCUAACGGCUGGCCUCAGCUCAUCACAGUCUCAAUCGAUUGUCUAUCAGUUGACACCCGAUAAUCAAAUGAUUGUCAUCGGGAGACUUAAGACACAACAACAGUUGUUUAAUCCAUAUUUUUUCAAUUUGAAUUGUGCCACAAGUAAGACAUCACUUGAAGGACACUAUCUUCAGGUUCGGUCAUCUGAUUCAAGCGCUUCAAUACAACAACAAAUAACUGUCAAUAAUAUGACAAACUGUACUGAAAAUGAACUUAAUUUUGUGGCACCAAAUGCUUGUGCAAUACCGGUGACCACCGAUGACUCUAAAGAGUUAGACUUUGACGCCGUAUAUUGUCUGACCAGUACUGACACACCCGACGCCAAAUUAGUGGUGACAUUACGGUUUGAGAGUAGAACUGUUGAGGUGACAAUACAGAACAAUGGACAUCAACAGACAAUUCAGUCACCAAAUGGUAUUAAUUUGAAAUUAAGAGUUCGUAUAACUAAUGGUGCCGUUUGUAUGAUGCCUACACUCAUGAAUGAGUUUAAAUGUAUUUACAAAUUUAUUUGGUGAUCACAAAUUAGUGGUUAUUUUUUAUUUGUUAAAUGAUUUAAUACUUAUUAUAUGAUGCGAUCAUCUAUUUAUCUUCAGUGAUCAUCUGGUGAUCCAUUC